CCUUGAAGUCCUUCUUCCCAAACUACAACCAUGGACUUGGGAUUCUUUGACCUUAUCUUCCUGUGGAUCACCUUGGCCGUAGUAAUGGCAGUGGUGGUACCAUUCACAGGCGUCCUUGUUCGAUUCCGCGCCAAUUACAACCCUAAAGGCCUCCACCUCGAUGAAGAAGGCACCGCAGUACCUCAUACCGGCCCUGUCGUCAAAUCCUACAUUGCUAUGUUCACGAGAGUGUAUCGUUUAGAAGGUUGGGCUGGACUUUACAAGGGUCUGAUGCCUACCGCUAUCACGACCUUUGCGCUCACUAUCUUUGUGGUCCUAUUCCUCGAUGCUGACAAGCCAAGACGACAUUCUAAGUAUCGGGCGCCAGAUUCUGGCAUUCUGGGUACCCUCUUCUACAGUAUCCUUAUGCUCAUUGUCUCGCUGCCAUCGACUAUCAUCACCUAUCGAUCAAUUACCACGCCAGCCAAGCUAGGCUACUUUAACGUAAUGCAAGCCUUGCGCGUCCUUCUCACCCCAACAGAGCGCCAACGCCCAUGGGUCCUCUACCUCACUCCCGGUCUCAUGGCGGCUGAAAUCUCCCAUAUCGUUUGGGUAGUUGUCAUCCUGGGACCCUUCCGCCGCCUCCUGUUGCCUGCCUUUUCCGCGCCAGAAAUGAAGGUUGAGGGUGUCUCAGUGAUGUCCAUUGUGCUUUACUCUGUGUUGGCAGCUGUCAGCACCGCCGUUAUGACCCCUCUUGAAGUCAUCGCGACCAGACUCGCCAUCCAACGCAACCACGCCUCGCCAGAGUACAAUUCGGUCCAUCAGGAGGCAGACGGCAGCGAUGGCGAAGCUGCAGAAGACUAUGGCACUGAUGAAGAUGUUAUUGGCUUGAGAGAAGAAGCUGAUCCAUACCUAGGAUUGGUCGAUUGCGCGAAACGCAUUGUCCAAGAAGAGGGAGUGAUGACUCUGUAUCGUGCUUGGUGGCUCACAUUCUUUGGAAUCUGGAGCAACGCGUUUGUUUGA